AUGUCGUCUAAAACCACACGAUGGAAGUGCUUUCUACAGCCAUCAGCUCGAUUGCCAGAUGAAAGUAUUCCAGCGACGUUGCUUCCUGUUCCAUCCGGUGAGACCGUGACUGAAUAUCUCUCGCUUGGAGGUCUGAAAUCACUUGAUCGUACUUUCCUUCAGGGAGUUGAGAAUCAGGAGGGCCUCAAAUCCUUGAUCAAUGGCUACUCACGUUGGAUCAUGGAAGUGACUGCACAAAACCGGGUUGCAUUCUUAGUAACUGAACAGAGCGAUGAUCUAGCUCUCAGAUGUGCAGUUGUCUCCUCGAACCGCCUCUCUGAAGAUGAGAUGUUGGAGUGGGAGAUAUAUGAAAUUUCCUUGGAAAGCCUUACUGGGGAUUUGGAGACCUUGGAGUUUGCAUUAUGUCUGAGAUACGAAGCUGGAAUCGAAGAAUCCCUCAAAAUUUCGAUCCGAGUGGCGUUGUGUAUAGAUCUGCAAUCAUCGACAGCAAUUUUCGCGCACCGAGUCGAGUCGACAAAUGAUGGUUAUCUCUCGGAUAUUGAAAAACGACUAGGGACAAUUUUAGAACACGAGGAGGACCAGAAUGAGAAAAUAGGUGUUUGGGAAAGGGAGUUGAAGGAGUUUGUCGGCCUUGGUGAUAUUCACUUCCCAACGCUCUCCUGCACACGGUCGUUGGAGCCUCCAGCUAGCCCCACUUGCACCCAAACAAAGCUCACUUUGCAAGUGUCAUGGGAGAAAUUGGCCAACCUCGCCCAGCAGCUGGGUCUGAAAUCUGGCGUCUCUGUGGUCCGUGGAGCAUUUGCAUACACCUUGGCCGAGUAUACGGAGACGGACAAGAUAAUUUUGGGGGAUCAAGACCUACCAGAUCUGACCCAAGACAAUUCAGUCAACCUGGUCCCAGUCAGUGUUUUGCCACAAGAUACCUCUGAGGAGUUCUUAUGUCGACUUGACAAAUUCGAGCGAAGCACGUCUAUCAUACCAAGUCCUACUGCGCAGAACCUUCGAGACAUUCUCAAAAUUCCCUCGUCUCAGACUCCAUACAAUGCUUUAUUCGCGUAUCAGCAGCGCGCCGUCCAUGAAUCUGAUCCGGAGUCCUCACACAGUGCAUCCCGGACAUCUCUCGAAGCCCCGAUGGAGCUCACUCUUCAAAGGUCAGAAAAGGACCAACCGAUAUGCAAACUUUCAUGUCGGUCGCUAUUGAUGGAUGUCCCUCAUUCAGAAAUGGUCAUGAAGCAAAUCGAUGCUUUGGUCACCUCGAUGUGCUCCGCGCCCACCGAGCGGAUUCAAGAACUCACCCAUCUAUUUCCAAAAGAACUUCUCUCUAUCCACUCCCCGAUGGUGAGCGAUGAUGUUAAAAGGGCUCCAUUGCUAUCCCCAGCUCACUGGGUUGACCAUUGGGCUUCUUCCAACCCCUCUUGGGUUGGGCUUGAGAUCAUCGAUGCGAUCAGCGAAAACGAUACAGCAUCCCGAACAUGGACUUAUCGCGAACUUUCCGAAACCUCUGACCGGCUCUGCACAUGGAUCGUGAACCGCGGAUGGCACAAUAGGUCAAUAGCGGUGUGCUUAGAUCGCUCAUUCAUGGCGUACUGUCUGGUGCUAGCUAUCUGGAAAAGUGGCAACUGCUAUGUGCCAAUCGCCGAAGAUCUUCCCGAGGCACGUCAACUAUUUCUUCUCUCAGAUAGUGGUGCGACAGCCUUUUUUGCCGAUAAGAAUGUCACAAAACUCCUUCUCUCCGCUGAAAAUUGCGAAGUGGUCGAUAUUGCCGGCCUUGAGAUCUGUGGAAACUCCGAAGUUGUCAGAGAUAAACAAUUAAUUGAUCCGAAACCGACAGAUGAUUGCUAUCUUCUUUAUACUUCUGGGUCUACUGGAGCUCCGAAGGGUGUUCUCGUUAGUCGAGGAAAUCUAUCCGCAUUUGCCGAGGCACAGUCUAAUUAUAUCUGUCGCGAUGUUCCAGACACACCAAAGUUGAAGGGUGUUGGGAGUUACCUUGCGCAUGCCAGUCGAGCCUUUGAUGUGCACAUUUGUGAGAUGGUGCUCGGAUGGAGGCAUGGGCUUCGUCUAGUCACAGGCCAGCGAAGCAUGCUUCUGGACAAUUUGUUCCUAGUCCUGAGGCGCUUCAAAAUCACUCAUGCUGGCUUCGUACCCUCGCUUCUCGAACAUGCGGGUGUUAGUGCGGAAUCAUUGCCUGAUCUACGCUAUCUUGGAGUCGGAGGAGAGAAGAUUUCGGAGACAAUCAUUGAACGAUUUGUCGGCAAACGAUCGAUUUCUCUCGUCAACGCAUACGGACCAACCGAAGCCACGAUAGGCUUCACUAGCCAUACCGUGAAGCCCUGGUCAACGGUACGCAAUAUUGGCACCGCUGUGGGAAAUAUCACCGUCCACGUCCUGGAAUCGAAUUCAUCAAAAUACGUGAAGCGAGGGCAAGCAGGAGAACUCUGUGUGACAGGUGAUCUGGUCGCCAGCGGUUAUCAUCGGAGGCCCGAUGCGGCGGGCUUCACAGAUCAUAAUGGACAGCGAAUGUACCGGACGGGAGACAUCGUACGCCUGAUGGCCAAUGAUUGUAUUGAAUAUCUUGGGCGACGAGAUAGUCAGGCUAAGAUACGUGGCCAGCGUCUGGAGCUUGAAGAGGUUUCCAUUGCAAUUCGUCGUUGCGCGGGAUUUCCGGUCAAUGUGACUUCUAUGAUUACUCCUUCUCCAAUUACGAAACGACCUCAGUUGGUCUCCUUCAUCAGCCCAUCCAGUGACAGACUAGAUUCUUCAAGCACCAAGGUCACUUUCAUGAAGAACCAAUACCAGGAAUGGGUUCCAAAGAUUUUGAUCAGGUGCCGGGUUGAAUUGCCUGCCUACAUGGUACCUAGUGUUCUACUUCCGGUCUCCUCUAUACCUAUCCAAAUAUCUGGAAAAGCAGACAGUCGUCGUCUUGUUGCAUUAUAUGGAAGUAUUCCUAUUUCAGACCUGCUGUUAGGACAUGGGGUAGUGGAUCUGGAGCCUAGUUCAGAAACUGACCUAGAAUCUAACCAAGAAACAAACCCGGAGAAUCCCUAUUCGGAACCAGGUGGUGCAGAUAUGACAGCAGAUGAGAUGCAAGUUUGUGAUAUAAUCUGCUCUCAGAUAGAAACAGACCCAAAAUCUGUCACUAGAGCAACGAGUAUCUUCCAAUUGGGGAUUGAUAGCCUGGGUGCCCUCAGUGUGGCGGCAAAAUUGCGUCAGGCAGGAUACACCUGCUCAGCAGUCGAUGUCCUCAGCAAGGGUACAAUUCAAAAAAUUGCCUUGUUACCAAACUCAAGUAGCGAUUUGUGUCGAAAGCAAAUGAGGAGCUUUUCCGAGGACCAAGGCGCCGAAGUUUCGCACAGAUUAGCGCAGAUUGACCAGAACUUCCGGAAUUCCCAGACACAAAUUCCAAAUUCUUCAAUUUCCGUCAUCCGUCCAUGUCUGCCUCUACAGGAAAGCAUUGUUUCUAGCUCCGUGGGCAGUCCGAUACCCUUAUAUGUCAAUCAUAUCAUGUGCCGUCUUGGAAAUUCUAUCAAACUUACAAGCCUGAAGUCAGCAUUCGAGGACUUGAUGCAGCAAAAUGAAAUUCUCCGCACGUGCUUCCAGGUCGUGGACAGAAAGGUAUUACAAGUUGUUCUAAAACCUCGCGUGUUGACUAUCCGCUGGGACGAAGUUGUUGUUUCUGAUGAAAACGUCGCCCGGGGUCUUUUCGAUAUGCGUCAAGCCGGAAUUGCCUCCAGAAUUAUCCAAAAAAUCGACAAAGAACCCCCGUUCCAUAUCCUUGCUGCUUCUCCGAUAUGCGAGGAUGACCCAGGAUGGUUCAUGCUGUCUAUUCAUCAUUCUAUCUUUGACGGUGCUAGCAUGGGCAUCUUCCUCAAACAACUUCACCAUCAUUAUACUGGCAAUGCAGCAAUGUGUCCGGUCGAUCUCGCUCCUCUUUAUCAUUACAUGGUGGCAAACGCCGAAGCAGAUACUGAGCGCUUCUGGUCCCGUUAUCUCGAUGGCUACUCUCCGGGUAUUGUCGAGGAUCAAGAAAGCGAUGGUGGAUCUUAUUCCAUCAUGACAAAGACUCUACCUUUCGGAUUAUCAUCACUCUCUAAAAACGCUGCUCAGGCAUUUUCGACUGCUCCAAUUAUCGUUGAAACAGCAUGGGCGAUUGUUCUUGCGGAGUGUCUAGGCCAAAAAGAUGUUAUAUUUGGGCGUGUGAUGAAUGGCAGGACUAUCCCGGUGGAUUCAGUGGAAGAAAUGCUUGUUCCGCUCGUGACAACCAUCCCGGGCAGGUUUAGACUUCCUUCUCUCAGAUCGAGUCUGAUAGAGCUAGCCAAGAUUCAUACACAGGCUAUGCUUGAGUCUCUUCCUCAUCAGCAUACACCCCUUCGCACAAUUCAGCGAUAUACUCGGGUGCCAGGUCCAUUGUUCAACACAUUGAUAUCAUACAUCGUCACGAGCCCCCAGUCACCUUGGGCGGAUAUGUUGACUGAAAUGGAAAGCAUUAUGCCAGCAGAUUAUCCACUUGCUCUCGAGGUCAAUGCGGAGCCUGGUGCCGACAGAGUUACGUUGCGUUUGCGAAUUUCCAAAGCCCUCUCUUCCAAUCAAAGAUAUGCAUCCCUCGUGGACAGGAUUUCUAACCUUCUCACUGGCCUGAUUUCAGAUGGAGAUGCUAUGAUUGAUGCCCCAGAGCCAUUAAUAGAGCGAGAGAAAAAGCAGCCUGUCUGGGACGAGAUUCAGUGGACUGAUAUCGAAAGAAAGAUCCAACGGGCCGUGGCUGAGGUAUCAGGUCUUUCGGACUCGCAAAUUUCCAAGAAUGCAUCAUUUUUUGCAUUGGGAAUUGACUCCGUCGUUUCCAUUCAUCUGGCUCGUUGCUUGAAGGUAGAAAAUAUUGAUGCCUCUCCAAGUGAUAUCUUAAGGUAUCCAUCCAUCGGAGCUCUACACAAUUAUCUCGGAAAGCCUCGUGUUGUAUCUCGUCAAACGGAAGCCCUCGAAAGGCCUUUGGACCACGAUUUGGGCGCAGAACUGUUUCAUCCAGAUGACUCAAUUGUUAAGACUUAUCCUUGCACACCUCUGCAGACCGCAAUGAUUGGUCAAUGCUUAAGUUCGGCGGGCAAGGGAUACCUUCAUCACCAUGUGAUAACUCUCAGUGGCUCACUCGAAUCGGAGAGACUACUUCAUGCGUGGAAAGAAACGGUGAAAAAUGCCGAUAUUCUUCGCACGUCGUUCCAUCGCCACGCAACCAAUAGCCAAUUUCAUGCUGCAGCUCACAAGUAUCCUCUCAUCCAAUGGUCGCACCAGUCAAACGUCGCAUCGCUAUCCCAGGCCAUCGAGGCGAUAUCUCAAGAAGCAUCCUACCCCAGUAUUGCGAGUUUCAGCAAGCCUCCAUGGAAAGUUACUUUGCUCACUGGGAGUUCCCAACAAUUGAUGGUUGUCUCCAUGCAUCACUGUCUUUACGACGGAUUUUCGCUUCCCCUCCUCUUCAGCAGCCUAGAGAAAAGUUAUCUCGGACACACAGAACAUCUAGGCUCGUUCGCACUUGCCGCGCAGAAAGUAUCAUCCAUGCAAUUAUCAUCCAUAAAGUUUUGGACUGAUGUGGUGGCCGGCUACCAAUACUUUGGAUUGCCGAUCUCGCAGCCCUCCACUCAGCCCGACGUUCAGUGGACAGAGAUCAAGAUAGAGACUGGAGUUCCUGAAUUGCAGCGUCUUUGUGGCGCAGCCAACGUCACCUUACAGACUGUGGCCCUGCUUGCUUUUGGGCGCUCUUUGAUGCCCAUUGUUGGUCAGCGUGACGUUGUGUUCGGACAUGUAGUCUCCGGCCGCAGCUUCGAUAUCGACGAUUCGAUGAAUGUGAUAGGGCCCCUUUUCAACACUGUCCCUUUCCGCCUCAAGCUUGAAUCCGCUCAUAAAAGCACUCGCUCCGUCUUGGAAGAUAUUCAGCGUUUCUCAAUCGAUUGUCAACGCUUCCAGCAUGCCCCAUUAAGUCUUGUGCAAAAGGAUUGGCGGAUGGCAAAGAACAGCAAUGGAUCUUCAUUAUUCGAUGCACUUUUCACAUUCAAUAAGUCGGAAAAGUUUGAUGCUCAUUCAAUCUUCCAGCCAUAUGAGUCGUCUCGCAAACCGGAUAUCCCUCACUACAGACUCAAUGUGGAAUUUGAUCAAUCUCCGGAUUCCCUUGUUGUCCGGGUAGUAACCCGUGAUUUGCUGACCAAAAAGAGCGACCUCGAGACUUGGACUCAAAGCCUUGCCCUAGCGAUCGAAGAUAUUCCUUCUUCUUGCGAGCCAGCUCUGAUCCCUCUGUGCAUGGCAGAUGACGCUUCUCCAGAUGACUCUGUUUUCAGAACCUACGUGGAAGGGCUGAAGCUUAUUCUGUCUCAGGUUACACAUACAAAGCCGGAGAAUAUCCAUGAGAGUAACAGUGUAUUUACGCUAGGUCUGGAUUCAAUUCUGGCACUUGAUGUCAGCUCUCAGUGCCGCAAUGCUGGGCUUGAGGUUUCAGUCACUGAGAUCCUUCAAGGAGAAACUAUUCGAGGUAUCGCAAACCUCGCAUCAAAGAAGCAGAGUGUAUCCUGUAAGCCCGCAGGGUCUACUUUGACCGAUAACUUUGCUAUCACCUCACAUGCUAGAAGCAAGGCAUUAUCGCUUUUGUCUCUCUCGGAUGACAAGGUCGAGGUUGUUAUUCCUUGCCUCAGCGGCCAGAACUUCUACAUAGCUUCUUGGCUCCGCAGUCAACGACAGCUUUGGGAGUUCACAUUCCCACUCAUGUCACAAUCUAAGCUCGAUCCGCAGCGACUCCAGCAUGCUUGGCAACAGCUUCAACAAAGACAUAGCAUCCUUCGUACAACAUUCGCUGCGAUACUUCCAGAUCAAAUCGUGCAAGUCGUGCAAAAGCCCUGCCAAGUUGUACCACAAACCCAGAUUCACAUUGAACAAGCUUCUGGAGAUCUGAAACCAUUCAUCCAUGGCUUGAUGCAAAGUAUUAGACGCAAAUCAUCUAAUCUUUUUACGCCUCCUAUCCGCCUCCGGCUGGUUCAAUAUGCUGGGUCUGAUGUUCUUCUGUUGACUUUACACCAUGCUUUGUAUGAUGCAAGAACCAUCUCCAUUCUGGUGCAUGAUCUGGAAGCUUUGUACCAGAGCAAGCCCAUGAGCCCCUCUUCAAACUUCACAUCCUUCGUGCUUGACACACGACAAAGGUAUCAUUCUGGCUUUGCAGAUGACUACUGGAAGAAAGCACUCCUCAUGGGUCAACGCACACUUCUUGGGCCACAGCCCGCCAGUGACCCAACUCCUUUAAGUGUGCAGUCUUCUCAGGCCAUUUUUCCCCCAGAGCUUACCAUACUGGAGGGUCAAUGUCGCGAAAAGAACAUCUCCAUGCCUUCUCUCAUGAUAUUGGCCGUCGCGCGCAGUUUGGCACGUACCGCAGACGUUUCUCACCCAAUCCUUGGCCUUUUCCAAAAUGGUCGCUCGAAUGACUAUCCCGAAAUCGAGCAGAUGGUGGGACCUACUGUUAAUAUGCUUCCGUUGGUGGUCCCGGAUGCCUUGGUAUCCCCUUCUCGAGAGGCUCUGCUAGACAUGCAGCAGAGGUUGGCCCAGCGUACUCUCUAUGACCAAACUGACCUUCAAUCCCUAUGUCAAAAAAUGAAGGCUCUUGGUCAAGAGAUAGAGUUCAACCUUCUUGUCAAUAUUCUUUGGCGUCAACUGAACAGCACACCUAGUAAGGAAGUGGACACCAUCUUUACUCCGCUGUCUCUAGACUCUGAUAUUAAGGUUGACUCUGACAAUCUGAUUACCGGAGAAACUGCGGUUGAUCACUUCGACUGGAAGCACUUCCCAGGGGGUAGUGGCAUCUAUCUGGAGAUUAGUUACAAUGAGGAACAUGAUGCUCUCCUUUGGAAACUUGACUACUCCUCUGUCUUAAUUUCGAAGCUGGAAGCGGAGGAAUUCUUGCAGAGGUUGGAGGAUGAGAUGAACACUAUAUUGGGACAUCUUUGA